GCCGCAUGCAGUAAAUUCUUUGCUCUUUUCAUCGUGAAUUACCGCUGACGAAAUGUGCUUAUAGAAUUGUUUCAUGCUUAUUUGGUGCAAUUUUCGGUGGAUACUUAAAUCGGAAGUGACUGGAAUUGUCGCAGUUUAGUGCUCGAGAAGCCAGUGAACUAGAGAUAAGUGCGAGAUACGGCCGAACAAAAUGAAUACCGUCAGUUUGGCUGAUUUGCACCGGCUGCCGGAAACGAUUAACUUUCCGGCAGAGGAGGAAAAAGUUUUACAGUAUUGGAAAGAUGAGAAGGUUUUUGAAACGUGCCUAAAACAAUCGAAGGGAAAGCCACGGUAUACCUUUUAUGAUGGUCCGCCCUUUGCUACGGGGUUACCUCACUACGGUCAUAUUCUUGCCGGUACGGUUAAGGACAUUGUGACCCGGUAUGCUCACCAGCAGGGUUACCAUGUGGAACGGCGGUUUGGCUGGGAUUGUCACGGUUUGCCGGUUGAGUAUGAGAUCGAUAAGGCGCUGAACAUCCGGGGACCGGAUGAUGUGGCAAAGAUGGGCAUCAAGGCGUACAACAACGAGUGCCGGAAGAUUGUUAUGCGAUACGCCAACGAAUGGGAGGAGAUUGUCGGCCGAAUGGGCCGAUGGAUUGAUUUUAAGCACGACUACAAGACGCUCUACCCGUGGUAUAUGGAAUCGAUUUGGUGGGUGUUCAAGCAGCUGUACGUGAAAGGGAUGGUCUAUCAGGGCGUGAAGGUGAUGCCGUACUCGACCGCGUGCACAACUGCGUUGUCCAAUUUUGAAUCUGGUCAAAAUUAUAAGGAAGUGACCGAUCCAGCCGUGUUUGUUACAUUUCCGAUUGUGGGCGAUGCCGAUGGGGCUGCCCUUGUCGGCUGGACAACAACUCCAUGGACUUUGCCAUCCAAUAUGUCCUGCUGUGUUCAUCCAGAUUUGGUCUAUGCUAGAGUAAAAGAUGCCAAGACGGGUAAAAUUUACGUCAUGAUGGAUUGUAGAAUCGAAACGCUUUUCAAGGGACCGGAGAAUUAUGAGGUUUUGGAACGUUUUCCCGGUAGCAAACUUGUCGGUCUAAAGUACGAACCGUUGUUUGAUUAUUUCCGCAAAUAUGAAAAGGUUGCGUUUCGAGUUUUGUCCGAUGGUUAUGUUACGGAAGAUUCCGGUACUGGCGUGGUUCAUCAGGCACCCUACUUCGGUGAGGAUGAUUUCCGUGUAUGCCUAGCUAACGGAGUUAUUACUCGGGAUCAGGAAAUCGUUUGUCCGGUGGAUCCCAGUGGUAAAUUCGUGAAUCCGGUGACGGAUUUCGCAGGCCAAUACGUAAAGGAUGCUGAUAAGAAUAUUAUUAAAAUGCUAAAAGAGAAAGGUAGACUGCUUUUGGCCACACAAACUAAGCACAACUAUCCGUUUUGCUGGCGAUCGGAUACACCGUUGAUUUAUAGGGCCGUUCCGUCUUGGUUUGUUCGGGUGGAGCAUAUGACGAAGCAGCUGGUCAAUUGUAGCUCACAGACCUAUUGGGUGCCGGAUUAUGUUAAGGAAAAACGUUUUGGAAACUGGCUUAGAGACGCUCGCGAUUGGGCUAUCAGUAGAAAUCGUUACUGGGGAACACCCAUGCCACUGUGGAUCUCUCCCGACGGGAAGGAAAUCGUUUGCAUCGGAAGCAUUGAAGAGUUGGAGAAAUAUUCCGGCGUCAAAGUGGACGAUUUGCACCGGGAGACCAUUGAUCCGAUUGAAAUUCCGUCUGCCGUUCCGGGUAAUCCACCACUGCGGCGAGUUCCGGAAGUUUUCGAUUGCUGGUUUGAGUCCGGAUCGAUGCCGUUCGCCCAGAAUCACUAUCCGUUUGAGAAUGCUUCCGAUUUUCUAACCAAUAAUUUUCCGGCUGAUUUUAUUGCCGAAGGAAUUGACCAAACGCGCGGUUGGUUCUACACGCUUUUGGUCAUCUCGACGGCACUGUUCAAUAAGCCACCGUUUAAGAACUUGAACUGUACCGGGCUUGUGCUGGCUGCCGACGGGCAGAAGAUGAGCAAACGAAAGAAGAACUACCCGGAUCCGAUGGAAGUGGUCAAUAAGUACGGGGCUGAUGCUCUCCGUCUGUAUUUGAUCAAUUCACCCGUUGUACGUGCCGAAAAUCUCAGAUUCAAAGAGGAAGGCGUGAAAGACAUCAUCAAGGAUGUGUUUCUGCCUUGGUUCAACGCGUUCCGCUUUUUGCUGCAGAAUAUCGAUCGAUUCGAGAAGGAGGAGAAGCAGGUUUAUCGCUACGACGCGGUUCGGCAUGCCGAAAAACGGUCCACUAAUGUGAUGGAUGUUUGGAUAACAUCCUUCAAAGAAUCCUUGUUACAAUUUUUCGCAAAAGAGAUGAAAGCCUACCACCUGUACACCGUAGUUCCUCGGCUGACCAAAUUCAUCGAUCAACUAACCAACUGGUACGUACGCAUGAACCGGAAACGUAUUAAGGGUGAGUUUGGGGUAGAGGAUUGCUACCAUGCUUUGGAUACGCUGUACGACGUUCUGCUGGCGAUGGUAAAGAUGAUGGCUCCGUUCACACCCUAUCUGACGGAGUUUAUGUUCCAAAGACUGCGGCUGUUGAGCAAAGAACCCGUGGAGGGCAGCGUUCACUAUCAAAUGAUGCCGACCGCCAACGUUAAAUACAUAAAUGUGCCCAUUGAAAGGGCAGUGUCUCGAAUGCAGGCCGUUGUUGAGUUGGGUAGAAUCAUGCGCGAUCGAAGAACCGUUCCGAUCAAGUACCCUCUGACGGAGGUUAUUGUCAUUCAUCAAACGCAGGAGUACCUGGAGGAUAUAAAAUCAUUGGAGAAUUUCAUCCUGGACGAAUUAAACGUGCGAAAGAUCACCUUCAGCUCCGAUAAGCAAAAGUAUGGCGUCAAGUUGAGAGCUGAACCGGAUCAUAAAUCUCUGGGCAUUCGCCUGAAGAACGAUUUCAAACAAGUUUUACUAGCAGUCAAAGCGCUGACGGACGAACAAAUCAGCGAACAGCUCAAGAUCGGCCACUUCACCGUGCUGGGGCAUCGUAUCGAACUCGAAGAGCUGCGGUUAAUGUAUCAGUUCGAUGAAUCCCAAGCUGAAGGCCACAACUACGAAGCACACAGCGAUAACGAUGUCUUAGUUCUGCUGGACAUGACCCCCAAUGAGGAGCUCAUGAAAGAAGGAAUCGCACGCGAAAUAAUCAACCGCAUUCAGAAGCUGAAGAAGAAAGCUAAACUGAUCCCAACCGAUCCGGUUUUGAUCUACUACACCGUGAGCAAAGAAGGCGAAAUAAAGAGCGUUGCCGAAAGUCAUCAGGAGUUUAUUGUGAACACGGUUAAAUCGCCGUUUUUGCCGUACGGUCCGGAGGCCGCCUCGAAGGAAGCAUUGAUCGAAGAAAGCCAAGAUCUUAAAGGAGUCCAACUCAACCUCGUAAUCUGUUCGCCCAAAGCGCGUCCAGUACCGGUUAGUCCUUGGGUUAAUCUAGUUCUGGACGAGAAUAUCGUUCCGCGCUAUCAACAAAAACUGUCGAGAUCAGCUACCGUUCUAUUGAAGGACGUCAAAGGCAAUCAGCUAACAUUCGAUCAACUAAACAACGAAAUUCAUUGCUUAUUUGGAUUGAACGAUCAAACGUAUAACAUAUUGACUGCGGGAGGACAGACACUGUCUUCGGUGGAUCUUCGUUUGCAUCAGCAAACGCUGUACAUUACCCGUGGUACUGCCAUUCCCGAUGGUUGGAAACCGGCCAAGGUGCCGUAUUGUGCGUUUCGAAACGUGGACUACAAGGGCAAGCAAGCGACGGUGCUUGAGGAAAACCCCCUAGGGGUCAAGCUAAACACGGAAAACGUGUUGAAGGAAGUAUUUUCUGGUUGAAAUUCGGAUUCGAAAUUAAAUUCGCACGUACUUGCAGGCCAGUGAACGGACCUUUACUUUUAGAUUUAAGUUGUUAUGAUUCAAGAUAAUAAACAUUUGGUCAAAUACCAUUUACAAUAAAUACGCAAUC